UCCGCAGGGUGUGUGGUUUCUUUUUUUUAAGGGGCGACUAGAAUUCAUGAAGGGUAAUUUGGAUGAAGCGCAGUAUUGGUACAAAAAAUCAUGGAAAUCACAAAACGUCUGGACACAGUUCCAUCAUCUCAGUUUUUGGGAGUUAUUGUGGGUAAACUGUUUGAAGCUGGACUGGCGGGAGGCGAAAUUGUACGCCAGCUAUUUAGUGGAGCACAGCAAAUGGUCUCGUACGAUUUACUCCUAUCAGCAAGCGGCUGUAAUGCUAAUGAACGAUGAUCUCGACGACAAUGAGCUGGAAACCGUUGAGUCUCUAAUGCAUGAUACACCCAAGUAUAAGCAAAGGAUCGCCGGAAAAUCACUACCUAUGGAGAAAUUCAUUUGUAAGAAGGUGGCGCGAUAUUUUGCGCAAAAUCAUUACCUCUGUCUUCCAGCUGUUGAGCUGAUGUUUGUCUGGAACGCAUUCAAAGUGCUUAGCAAAAAUUAUCAGCUAGCUGACGCUCAAUGCUCAAGCAUUGUGUUUUUUAUUACGUGGCGCUUGCUAUCGACAAAUGAAGCAGCCAUUCCUCGCAUUGCAAGAUCUUGAAGCGUGCAUGAACUUGCAAAGUCAAAUCAAAGAAGACACAUAUUUGAUGGCCUACGCCUGCGUGGAAUCGGGACUGGUGCAUGCAGACGAACAAAAUUAUGAAUUGGCUAUCACCACAAUUGAGGAAGCGAAGAAGAAAUACACUGGCUUUUCGCUGAAGUCACGCUUACAUUUCCGCAUACAUGGUGCGCUUAUGGAAUUUAAGGAAAAACUGAACUUUAAACAUUAAGUUGGAAAAUUGAAAUAAACAUAUUUAUGGAGAUUUGGUUAAAAAAUUAAAUACACAUAUUUUAAAUUAUUUUUACUACAACGUACGCGCAAAUGACGAUACACGCGAUUUCCCAAGUUCUACUGUACCUAUUCACCUGAACAUUUUGAGGUUGGAAUCGUAUUUUUUAUACUCUCGCAACAAAGUUACUAAAGAGAGUAUUAUAGUUUUGUUCACAUAACGGUUGUUUUUAACACCCAAAACUAAAUGAGUUAGAUAUAGGGUUAUAUAUACCAAAGUGAUCAGGGUAAAGAGUGUAGUUCAAAUCGGCUAAAAAGUGCAAUUAUAUGUUUACAAAUUAGCAAUUUUUCAUUAAAGUUAAGUGAACGAAUCAAAUUUUUUAGAUAACAUUGACAUUUUUUUUAGGUUCACAAAUUUAUUUCUACUCUUGUUCAUUUUUUUUUUUUUUGAUU